CCCAUCCACUUUUGGUAUCUCAAAAAGAGUCAACUAAGUUGGUCAAACAACAUUACACCCUACAAAUUGCAGCAAAAUCUCCCUAGAUCACUUAUAAAUAUAAUAAGACCAAAUUGCCCAUAGUGUGUAUAUACCAAAACUGAAAUUGAAACUGAAACUGAUUCUCACACCCUUGAUUUCAUCGCCCUAUUUUAUCUAUUCUCAAUAAGCUCCAUUCUCAAUCUCCACAACUAUAAGAUUUUUUCAGAGGCUUCUGGGGAUGGAGUACUUGAAAUUUCUGACCCAAAACAAAAAUUUUGAAUGUGGGUUUUUGGUGUUCGGAUUCUCCUCGCGAGUUCUUGGUUUUUUUGGGCUGUUUUUGAUGUUUUGGUUGGGUUCUAAGCUUCUACGAAUCGGUUACUGGCUUAACUUGACACAAAUUUUGUGUCGUUUUAGCGGGAAAGCAAUCAAUUUAAAGAAUGUUUUUACUUCAAAACGUUGUCGUUUUGAGGGUCGUGAUCAGAACACCGUUUCUUGCCUGUGUAAUGCUGCUCAUGGCUUAAACAACAAUGUAGAAGAAGAGCCUGAACAUGACAAGAAUGAGGACAGCGAUGAGGAAGAAUGUGAAGAUAACUGUUGCAAGCUAAUUAACGAAGAAUUUAGGGUAACUUCAUUGAGAAAGCUCAUAAAGUUUGAAAGAAAACGUGCGAAAAAAGCUCGAAACGAGCUCGAUAAAGAGAGAAUGGCAGCUUCAUCAGCAGCGAUGGAGGCAAUGGCAGUGAUUUUGAGGCUGCAGAGGGAGAAGAACACCAUAGAAAUGGAAGCAAAUCAAUUUCGUCGUAUGGCAGAGCACAAACUAGAAUAUGAUGAUCAAAUGAUCAAUUAUUUGCACUGGAUCGUGACGAAGCACGAAUCUGAGAGGAAUCUCUUAGAAGAUGAGUUGAGGUUGAGUAAAGAAAAGUUAAAACUAUUAACUAUAGAAAAUGAUGAGUUAUUUUAAGUGAAGAAUCAGGUGAAGAAGUUAGUCUGUGUUUUGAUUCAUACAGAGAAAUCAUAAUGUUUGUAUAUAUAUGUAGAAAGAAUCAAUCGUAUAUAAAGAGUGCCUUGCUUAUA